CUGGUUGUGGUGGUAUAAAAAUAUUUGCCUUUGCCUGUUUGCCAUUUUCGCCAACUUGUAAUUUAACUUGUUUCACACAUUUGUUAUCGCUGUAAUUGUAUGUUGCAGACUUAUGUGUAAUUAUACAAAAUUCCAGUGAUAGCAAAACUGUACCCUGGCAUGGGAGAAUUCUAAAUAUGUUUCGUUUCGUGACAGUAAAAUCGUAAACAAAUGCCUAUCAUUACAAUGUAAUCAGCUAAACAUUUGUUAUUGUUGGCCGUUGACCAUUCUUGGAACUCCACAAACUCGAAGGCUGUGUGACUAAGCCGUUCCGUGUUUAUAUUCAAGUGUUUAGAACAAAGUGUGUUAAAUAAAGUUGCAAAAAAUCUGCCUUCAAAAAUGAAGGGGACUUUAAAAGUGCUGAUGUGGAAGCACCUAGUGGUGCGUCUGAAGCGAUUCGUCCAUACGCCUGUAGAAAUAAUAUCGCCAGUUAUCUUUUUUGCGAUUCUUUUCACGCUCAAACCUUACAUCUAUCCAGUGCCGAAAUCUCAUCAUUCGGAAAAGUUUAACGUUCAGAAUACAGAACCAGUUAGUUUGGCGUCUCGAGAAGGCCUUGGAAAAGUAUUCUACACACCUGCAACUGAUUUAACUAAUCAGCUCAUGCAAAAAGUUGGCCAGCAGCUGUCUUUACAAAAUCUCAGUGAAGGAGCCCACUUGCAUGACAAGUACUACCAAGCCUUUGCAAAUGAAUCGGAUAUCGUCGUAUUGGCAGAGGACAUGGGUCAAAAUGACGCGAUUGUCAUAUUUCCGAACAUGACAACCACCUGGCCCAAAAAGUUGCAGUACACAAUACGCAUGAGAAAGGAUUUUCAUACACAGACGUAUGAAUCGGAAAGUCCAAUUUUGAGGCCGUUUGACAUUUUUGGUACCACUUAUGAACAAUUCAUGAAGCUGCAAUGGGCGAUCGAUUCAAGUUACAUAGAGCUUGUAACGAAAAAGGAAGUUCCACAGAGGGUGAUGAUCCAAGACUUCCCGUUCGUUCGCACAGCGGAGAACGAUGUGAUAAUGUACAUAUGCAAAGUACUGCCCACCCUAUGCUGCCUGUCUCUACUGCUGGUGUUUGUGUUCCUCAUGGCGAGGCUGCUGGAGGAGAGGAUCAACGGGAUACAGGAGUUGAUAAGAAUGAUGGGCGUAUCGCACACCGCGCUCAACGUAUCGCACUUCCUCAACGUGCUGCCGGCCGGGCUAGUGUACAGUGUGGUCGGCGCCACACUACUGACCGUCACCGAGUACUCCUACAUCCCGCACUCUGAACCCGGGAUGAUAUUCACGAUGCUCAUCCUGCAUUUCACCAGCAUUGUAUCCAUCGCUUAUGCUGGCAGCUACUUCGUCAAAAGCACCCAAUACACGGUAACCGUAGCAACGGUGCUGUACAUAGCUUCGAUGAUGCCCAGCCAGUUGAUCAACAACCACAAGAUUCCACAGUGGGCGCUCCCCUUUUGUGGCCUGCUGCCGCACGAGCCCAUGCGCUGGUUCUGGAGCGAACUGGCGAUCUUGGAACAGUAUGGUAACGGCGUGAACAUGGCGACGAUCGGCAAAGUUCACAGCGAGAACAGCGGUUCUGUUUUGCUGUGCUACGCAAUGCUGGUGCUGCAGAGCGCUAUAUUCUUCACGCUGGCCUGGUACCUGGCGCGAGUCAACCCCGGCCCCUAUGGCACCGCGCUGCCGUGGAACUUUAUCUGCCAGAGCCAAUACUGGUGCUCGUCGAAGGUGCAGCCGGACGACAAGGCGGAAGAGAUGGAGGAAGUCAAUGUCAACGACUCCCAGUACUUCGAAGCCGCUCCGAAAAACGCCGAGGUUGGCAUCAAGAUCGAGAAUGUCACUAAGAUAUUUGGCAAACAACGAGCACUGGAUAACGUGACGCUGGACGUGUACAAAGGCGAGAUCACGGUGUUGCUGGGACACAACGGAGCUGGCAAGACCACCCUUAUGUCCAUCAUUACAGGAAUGUUUGGCGCGAGCGAUGGGAACGUGUACGUGGAAGGCAUGGACACUCAGAGCGAGCGGGAUGAAACUCGCAAGCUGCUUGGUCUUUGUCCGCAACAUAAUCUGUUCUUCCCCGACCUUACUGUGUUGCAGCACGUCAAGUUCUUCAGCAUGCUAAAAGGUACACCAUACUCUGAAGCCAAGAAGUCUGCUAUAAUGCUCCUAGAACGCCUGGGUCUAGGCGACAAGCUGUCAUAUAUGAGCAGCCAAUUAUCGGGUGGCAUGAAGCGACGCCUGCAGCUGGCCUGCGCGCUGGCGGGCGAGGCCAAGGUGCUGGUGCUGGAUGAACCCACGUCGGGCCUGGACGUGGAGACUAGGCGGGAACUGUGGGAUCUCUUGCUGUCGCUUCGCGGGUCGCGCACGGUGCUGAUCAGCACUCACUUCAUGGAAGAGGCGGAGGCGCUGGGCGACCGCGUGGCCGCGCUGCACGCCGGCCGCCUGCGCUGCCACGCCACCACCAUGCACCUUAAACGAGCACUUGGCGCGGGCUAUCGCCUGUCGUUCACAACGGUCGGCUUGCCCAACGUGCCGGCAAUAUCUGCGGCCAUCGUCUCCCAAGUGCCCGACGCCACCGUCAAGGAGACCUCUCUCAACUCUAUCUCUUACAACCUCCCCGCCAAGAGCAGUGACAAGUUCCCCAAACUCUUCAACCAUCUGGAAGCCCAGAGAUCUCAACUCGGCAUUGACUCUAUAGGAGUCGGGGUUUCGACUUUGGAAGAAGUGUUCUUGAAACUAUGCAGUGACGUCACCACUACAUUUUCUGAUGACGAGGUCGAUGGAGAAUCUAUUGAGCCAACAUUCGCAAAGCUCUCCGGCAUACGUUUAUACGCUCAUCAACUUCUGUUGUUGGUCAUACGACAGUUCAAGUUCCUGUGGUCGAAGAAGAUUUCUUUCCUUCUUCUGCAAGUAAUAGCACCGAUCGCAAUGAUUUGCGCGUUCACAAUUUUGUCCAAUGGAGUCGACCUUUCCCCGACCGAUCGGUACACAAAGAUUUCUUUGGACCUGGACCUCUACGACAUAGCGGAUCGGAGGGUGCUGUACAAUGUCAAGGAGAAAGACGUCAGUCAGUUAUACAUCGGGCGGAAAUACCACUUUGUGGAUUUCAAAAGAGUGCCCGAUGUCGCGGAGGCAAUACUCGAGAUUGGUCGAAAAAGUGUACUGGAUUACCAACACUAUCUAAUCGGAUUUGAAAUCAACGACACAGAUGCAAAGGCGUUGUACACAACCCUGGUGCGUCACGCGGCGCCCGUGUCGCUCAACUUCCUCUCCAACAUGCUCGCCGCGAUGCUGAUCCCCAACCCAGAGGCAGAAGUCACCAUAACCACCAUAAACCAUCCGCUGAAGGACAAACAAUAUGUUCGGCGAUCCAACACGGACUAUGUGAGCCCGAAGGAACUACCUUUUUGUGUGGUUUGGGCGAUAGGCAUUGUUUUCACUAUACUAUGCACGGUGGUCAACGGCGUAAUUCUGCCGUGCACGGAGCGAGUGUCGGGCACACGGCACAUACACGUCAUGACCGGCUGCCCGCCCGUGUUACACUGGGCUGCGACCUUACUGGCGCACUUGCUUAUAUAUGGCACUGUGCUUAUACUGCCCACCAUCAUUACCGCGGCUGCGAUGGACAAGGACAACACUAUCAACCAGUCGGACUUCCUAGGUGUGAUAGCGCUGGUGUUGAUCGUGGGCUGCUUGGCCUUCCUCUCGUUCGUGUACCUCGUGAGCUGCGUGUUCGCGGAGCGUGGCGCCACCACCCUGCUCUCCGCAUGCGUCAUCAUAUUCAGUAUCGUAACACCCUCGAUUUCGAUAGCGUCGGAUUUCAUCACCGACCAACCAGCGGGUUUCGGCCACUUCCUCAUCGUGCUGUCCAGCUACACCAUACCUGCCCACACGCUCGCCAUCGCCGUCGGCAAGAGCGUGUAUAGUGCGCGGUUGAACGCACUGUGCGCUCUGAACGUGCACAUAUGUCCGAACAUCCCUCUUUUGCCCGGAUUUGACCUUGAAAAGUGUUGUGUGGAAAGAGUAAACCCGAACUGCUACUUUUGUUUCGACAAGUACGCGCCAGGAAAAGACAUACUGAUCCUACUGUUUCAGUUCAUUGUUUAUAUGGCUAUAGUGGUGCUAACAGAGCACGGCGUGUUCAACCGUCUGCUCGACCGCGUGUUCAACGCGCGCUACCGGCCCUCCUCGCCCGCGGGACUGCACGAGAUGGUGCGCUCCGAGAAGGCCUACGUCGACAAGGCUAUAACACUGCCAAAGAAACAAAUCCCAGACGCGAUGCUAGUGAGCGACGUACACAAGAACUACUGGCGAAUCUUUGGCAAGUCGUGCAACGCCGUGCGAGGCGUGAACUUCUCAGUCAAACAGGGUGAAUGUUUUGGCUUGCUGGGCGUGAACGGCGCGGGGAAGUCCAGCACGUUCAAGAUGCUGACAGGAAUCGAAUGCACUACCCGAGGCACCAUCUAUGCAGACGGGCACUUCAUGAGUAGUACCAGCGGCAAGUAUCUGCAGUCGCUGGGCUACUGCCCGCAGUUCUCUGGGCUGGACGACUUCCUGAGCGGCCACGACAACUUGACGCUACUGCUCACGCUGCGUGGCCUCGCGCCCCACGACGUGCACACCGAGGCCAAGACGUGGAUAGAGAUCGUGGGUCUGCAGAAGUACGCCCACCGGCCGGUGUCGGGCUACUCGGGCGGCUGCGCGCGGCGGCUGGCGGCGGCCGCGGCACUGAGCUGCGGCGGCGCCGUGACGCUGCUGGACGAGCCCACCGCCGGCGUGGACGUGGCCGCGCGGCGCCGCGUGUGGGCGGCCGUGCGCCGCGCCUCCAGGACGCGGGCCCUCGUCAUCACUUCGCACAGUAUGGAUGAAAUGGAGGCGCUGUGCGGGCGCAUCGCGAUCAUGUCGGCGGGGCGCGUGGUGGCACUAGGAGAGGCGGCCGCGCUGCGCGCCGCGCACGCCGCGGGCCACGCCGUGCUGCUGAAGCUCGCGCCGCACACUGACGCCACUGACGUAACGGACAGCGCUAAGCCGGACGUGUCGCGGCUGAAAGCGGCACUGCAACAGAAAUUCAACUGCACGUUGCGUGACGAACACACGACCAUGUUGCACUACCACAUCAACGAAACAAUGCGCUACAGCGAAUUAUUCACGGAGCUGGAACAGCUCCGAGCUGAGUUCGCGAACCUUCUGGAAGACUACUCCGUGACCGAGACCACGCUCGAGGAAGUGUUCCUCUCCUUCGCCAAAGAGGAGCCGCAGGACGCGCCGGCGCCGGUGCCUGUUUGACUUGUCACAGCGCUAAAGAAAAAUUACGAAUACGCGGUUAUUUUAAAAAUACUCAUAAUUUUAAAACUUUUCUUUUACUGAACGACUUUUUUAAAAGAAAAUAAAAAAAAUCGAAAAAAAACAAGUUUUCUAAAUAUUAUGUAAUGAAGUUAUUAGUAUUUUUAAAUUCACCCUGCGUUUUUAGGAAUCAUGUUUCUCUCAAACAUUCCUGUGUAAUUAUUGAUUAUUAUAAUUAUUAUUGAGUUCCAUUAAUUUAAUUUAGCGUUCCACAGUCAAUUCCAUUUUAUUUAUUUCAUAUAGCUUAUAUUUUGAAUCUCUAAAUAAAUAUUAUUAAGGCUUAUUGUGUUAGAAAUAUAUGUAAUUACAAGAGGUCGAUCGAAGUCGUCGCUUUGUCGUUGGUAAUAUCCAGUUCGUCUGUAAGGUCUCUUAAAUGCAUAGUUCCAAAUUUGUCCAAUAUAAUAUGGAUGUAACUAAAUGGUUUUAAUAUGAAAAAUAUUCUAGUGAAAGCUGAAUGCAAAAUAGCUUUUUAAAAAUUAUGUCAUAUUGUGUAAUGAAACUAUGUACCUACUCUUAUAAAUAAAUAAUAAAUGAAAUAUUUUUAAUUCAAUUAAACUUUAACAAGUAAUUUUGAAUGGUCAAAUGCAUAUCUGCCACUGGUUCAGAAUGCCAUUCCUACCAAGAAGAACCAGUAAGAAACUCGGCGGUUAACUUUUCAAAGAUUUGAUAUACAACUUACAUACACAUACCCACACAUACUUUUGCCUUUAUAAUAUUAGUGUGAUAUAAAGUAUCAAAUACUUCGUCAUUAAUUACAUAGACGACCUAAUUUUUUUUUUAUUUGCCGCUAUAUCCCACCAUCAGCUUUCACUAGAAGUACUCUUGGAUUUUAUUAAUCGAAGUUUUGAAAUCUAUGAAAAAUAUGGCAACAGUAUCUAUGGCAGUUUUUGAGUGUGAUCACUAAGCUACGGGGGUAACUGCAUUGCUUAUUCUAUUAAUAUAAGGAAGGAAAAGCUAUAUUCUAGCCACGGAAACAAGUUAGUACCUUAUAAUAUAGCCCUCUCUGUUACGUAAUUCCAUAAAAAUGAGAGAUAAAAAUCUCAGUGGGCGUUACCCAUUUUGAAGCACCAACCAAUCACAAACGGAACUAUGUUAAGCAAUUGAAUUUCGAAUG